GUGGAUGAUGCAAUGCUGAUGUUCGACAAGACAACCAACCGACACCGAGGGUUUGGGUUUGUCACAUUUGAAAGUGAGGACAUUGUGGAAAAAGUGUGUGAGAUCCACUUCCAUGAGAUCAACAACAAAAUGGUGGAGUGCAAAAAAGCCCAGCCGAAGGAGGUGAUGUCCCCGACGGGCUCGGCCCGAGGGCGGUCCCGAGUCAUGCCUUACGGGAUGGAUGCCUUCAUGCUGGGGAUCGGCAUGCUGGGUUAUCCAGGCUUCCAAGCUGCCACCUAUGCGAGUCGAAGUUACACUGGCAUUGCACCUGGCUACACUUACCAGUUCCCUGAGUUCCGUGUAGAGCGGACCCCUCUCCCGAGUGCCCCCGUCCUCCCCGAGCUCACAGCGAUCCCCCUCACUGCGUACGGACCAAUGGCGGCGGCAGCGGCUGCGG